CCUGCGUCCAACUCCCGCUGUCCUACGACAUGACCUACACAACGACGACCUUGCGGCCCUUGUUGCCUAGUCGACGCGUCAAGGAUGGCCUCAGGCUGAUUGCGAAGCGAUAUGUACCGGAGUUCAGCGAUCGCAAGGGUUUCACGCUACUCUUCUUCCACUGCACAGGCUCCCAUAAGGAGGUGUGGGAGCCUACGAUCGCCGGCAUCCUUUCCCCAGAGGAUGAGGCCGCGGGAAAGCCCAUAAUCCGCGAGAUCUGGUCUUUUGACAUGCAGAACCACGGGGAAUCUUCCUCCUGGAACAAUGAAGCCCUUGCGCAACUGGACACUCCUCUGAGUGUCGAUGACUGGGGUGAGGGUCUCGCGGCCUUCAUCGCGUCCGGAGUGCUAGAUGGACACAGACUCGUCAGUAUCGGGCACUCGCUUGGAGCGAGCGCAAUGAUCUUGGCUACCAUCCCGGGCCCCCUUCGUCCGGUGAAUUACGAGGCGAUCAUACUCGUCGAGGAUGCCUUAAUGUCUAGGGCGAUGUAUGAGAAGACGCGUGACGAGUGUCACGCUACCCUCGAUGCUGUCUUCAACGCAGUCAAGAAGCGACGCGACACAUGGAAUAAUCGCGACGAGGCGCUCGAGUACUUCCAGAAGCGCAUCCCUUGGAUUGUAUGGGACGAGCGGGUGCUCCAGCUCUACGUUAAACACGGGUUAAGGGACAUUAAGGUCCAAGAAGGCGAUAAGAGCGUCACUAAGGUGUCGCUGGCCUGCGCAAAGAGCCAGGAGGGCCAUGCAUACCGGUAUAUCGACCCGCACUUCCGCGUCGGGGACAGGCUGCGCAUGCUCGAGCCUGUGCCCAUCCACUUCAUCCAAGGCGAGCGCAACGACAACAUGAACCCUGAGGGCAUGCAUGAGUCGGUUAUGAAGCUGUUGAAGAAUGUUGCAUCCGUCCAGCAGGUGCCUGGCGCGGGUCACUUCGUCGUUCAAGAGAACCCGGAUGAAUUGGCGGUGGCCCUUAACCGCAUCCUCGUCUCCAUGAGCGGCCCUCGGUCCAACCUGUGAACUCACAGUAGGACAACGCGGGGCUUUACAACUGCCAACGCACGGAUUCCACGACGACCAACUAUUUCACUGACCUUUUUGUACCAGUAUGGACGAGCGAGUCGAGCGAGUAUAACAUUUGUGAGUGUGC